UCGUAUUAUUCCUUCUGACAAUAUCUUUAAAAACAAAAAUAAAAAAAGGCAGCAGAAAACUCAGGACUUCUCUCCAAAAAUCUCGAAGACACUCACAUGGUUAUCGAAAGGUCCAGAGAUAUCUGGAACAAUGGAAUCCCGCGAUAUUUUGCGUAGAUACCGCGAGAAGUCAAUAAGACCACCUUGCUACUGCAGCCUGCCAGUUUAGAUCCGAGACACCGGUCACAGCGGUGUGGAUUAUGACCAAAAAUCUGCUAUUCUUAACAUAGCGUAACUUCCCGUGACUUUUACACACUUUUAGCAGUGUCUCACCAUUUAUUAUAAUUGAUUGAGUUGUACUUUAGGCAGCCUUAAAGCUAGAAGACAGACGUCCAGCAGAAGAUGUCAGUGGUGGGAUUUGACUUGGGCUUUCAAAGCUGCUAUGUAGCUGUAGCUCGAGCCGGAGGAAUCGAGACAGUCGCCAACGAGUACAGCGACAGAUGUACACCGUCUUUUGUAUCAUUUGGACCACGAAAUCGAUCUAUUGGAGCAGCAGCAAAGAGCCAGGUCGUGACCAACUGUAAGAACACUGUGCAGGGCUUCAAGCGCUUCCAUGGCAGGGCUUUCUCAGACCCUUAUGUUCAGUCAGCCAAGGCUAAUUUGGUGUAUGAUCUGGCACAGAUGCCCUCUGGAACCACCGGCAUAAAAGUAAUGUACAUGGAGGAAGAGAGGGUGUUCAGCACUGAGCAGGUGACCGGAAUGCUGCUGAACAAACUGAAGGAGACUGCUGAAAGUGCACUGAAGAAACCAGUUGUGGACUGUGUCAUCUCGGUACCGAGCUACUUCACCGACGCAGAGAGGAGGUCUGUGGUUGACGCGGCUCAGAUCGCUGGCCUCAACUGUCUGCGACUAAUGAAUGAGACCGCUGCAGUGACUCUUGCGUAUGGGAUCUACAAGCAGGACCUACCGGCUCCAGAGGAAAAGCCCAGGAUAGUGGUGUUUGUGGACCUGGGCCACUCCGGGUACCAGGUGUCUGUCUGUGCCUUCAACAAGGGAAAGCUCAAGAUCCUGGCUACUGCGUUUGACUCGGACCUCGGUGGGAAGGGCUUUGACGACAUCCUGGUCAACCACUUCUGCGAGGAGUUUGCUAAGAAGUACAAGCUGGACGUCAAGUCCAAGCCUCGAGCUUUGGUGCGUCUCUACCAAGAGUGCGAGAAGCUGAAGAAGCUGAUGAGUGCCAACUCCUCUGAUCUGCCCCUCAACAUCGAAUGCUUCAUGAACGACAUCGACGUUUCCGGCAAACUAAACAGAGGUCAGUUUGAGGAGAUGUGUUCAGCGCUGCUGGCCAAAGUGGAGGGUCCCCUGCGCAGCGUCAUGGAACAGGCCAAACUGAAAAAAGAAGACAUCUACGCCGUGGAGAUUGUGGGCGGUGCCUCCAGAAUACCUGCCGUCAAAGAGCGAAUCGGCAAAUUCUUUGGGAAGGAGCUGAGCACCACCCUGAACGCGGACGAGGCCGUGGCCAGAGGCUGCGCCCUGCAGUGUGCCAUCUUGUCACCAGCUUUCAAAGUGAGAGAGUUCUCCAUCACAGACGUCGUCCCGUACUCCAUUUCCCUAAAAUGGAACUCAUCUGCCGAGGAUGGAUUGAGUGAUUGCGAGGUGUUCCCAAAGAACCACGCAGCUCCUUUCUCAAAAGUGCUGACCUUUUACCGGAAAGAGCCCUUCACCCUUGAGGCCUAUUACAACAACCCAAAGGAGCUUCCCUUCCCUACUGCCUCUAUAGGCCAGUUCCUGAUCCAGAACGUAGUUCCUCAGGCAUCGGGUGAGAGCGCCAAGGUUAAGGUGAAGGUGCGCGUCAACGUGCACGGCGUGUUCAGCGUUUCAAGCGCCUCACUGGUGGAGGUGGUGAAGGUGGCUGAUGGGGAGGAGCCCAUGGAGACGGACCAGGUGAAGGAGGAGGAGGGCAAAAUGCAGGUGGACCAGGAGGAGCAGAAGAUCCAAUCCGGAGAUAACGACGAGAAGAAAGCAGACGCAGAGGAAAUGGAGACAUCCACAGACGACGCUAAGCAGGAGAAGAAAAACGACCAGCCUCCACAGGCGAAGAAGCCCAAAGUGAAAACGAAGACGGUUGAUCUGCCAAUAGAGAACAAGCUGCAGGGACAGCUGUCCAGCCAAGAGCUGAAUACGUUUGUGGAGAAUGAGGGGAAGAUGAUCAUGCAGGACAAGCUGGAGAAGGAGAGAAAUGACGCCAAGAACAACGUGGAAGAGUACGUGUACGACACCAGGGAUAAACUGCAUGGAGUCCUGGAGAAGUUUGUCAAUGAAGCCGACCGCGAUGCUUUCUCGUUGAAACUUGAGGACACGGAGAACUGGCUGUAUGAGGACGGAGAGGAUCAACAGAAGCAAGUGUACAUAGACAAACUGGCUGAACUGAAGCUAAUUGGUCAGCCCAUUCGUGAUAGAUACAUGGAAGCUGAGGAGAGACCAAAAGCCUUCGAUGAGCUUGGCAGACAGAUCCAGAUGUACAUGAAGAUCAUUGAAGCUUACAAGGCAAAGGAUGAGCAAUAUGACCACCUGGAUGAACUGGAGGUGACCCGGGUGGAGAAGCAGAUCACUGACGCCAUGAACUGGAUGAACAGUAAGAUGAACCAACAGAACAGUCAGGACCUCACCGUGGACCCAGUGGUCAAAGUUGCAGAGAUUCGGGCCAAGAAUAAGGAGCUUUAUUCCUCUUGCAACCCAGUGCUGUCCAAAGCCAAGCCCAAAGUGGAGCCUCCUAAGGAGGAGAAGACGGAGAAUGGGCCAGUCAAUGGCCAGGAGGGCACAGAGAGCCAACCACGCAACCCAGACAAAGUCCUGCCCGCCGGCACGGAAAAGGAGUCCACCGAAAACAAGCUCCCCGAAAUGGACAUUGACUAGCCCUACCUGAUGCCAACCUCCAGUUCCCCCUCCGUUUGUCCCGCUACCCCCAGCUCUGCCGUUUCUUUAUGAGAUCGUUUAUGAUACAGUAGCCCAUCUUGAAAACACAGACGGCAGCGUCCCUCAUGGUCACUAUCAUUAGUCUGCCGACACGGCACGUCUUUUCUUAUAUUCUUUGAAUAUGAAUGGCUUUACUUUGAUAUGGAAUAGACUACUUUGUGACAUAAAGAAUGUGAGGGCCGGGUGGAAGCUGCUUUCUCUGUGCUAUUUGACAGCUGUUAUGUUCCAGAUUGUCGUAUCUCCUAUCUCCUGAGCAGACUAAAGCUAAGAAUGUCAGAUUUAAAGAAUUGUGAGCAAAAUGGCUGUUCAGUUGACUAAUGGCUAAUUAUAGAUACAUGAGUCCAGAAUAUGUAAAAUAUUGUACGUCUAAGUAAUAUGUAGAUAAAGUGGCAUUGGUUGAGGGGGCAUCAUUCGUUUCUAGGUGUAAAUGUCAAAUUGUACUUAUUUUUUUCUCUCUUUUUCUCACCCAUUAAGUUGUAACUCCUGGGCUAAUUUGUAUUUAGUUAAAGAGGAAGAAAGACAUUUUUGUUGAGUUGACUGUAUUUUGGAAUAAGAAGCAACAGGUUACUGUCAUGCAGUAUGUCAUUGUUCUGCUUUUCUCAUUCAAAAGCAAUGGUCCGUUUCGUUCUCUGGUAUUAUUAUAUUCUUUUCUUUUUUUCUACUCAACUGUGUGGUUGCUGGUUCAGCAAAUCGCCUUCUAGGUGUUGCUGUCGUUGCCACAUCACCAAAAAGUAAAAAAUAAAUCUUGAC